AUUAAAGAAUAAAGAUAAUCUAUUAUCUAUAUUCCGUAUUGUUCUGUGCUGGACAGUGGACACUCGACAGUCACAUCACAGACUCACACUUUGCAUUUGUAUAUAGUAUAAUAUACUAUAUUGUGCCAACUUGCAGUUGUCCAAUACCCACUACUGAGUACUCAGCGGUCACACCACAUUAAAAUAAUUACUUCUUUUCACUUGACGUAAAAAAGUAAAUUUAAUUUUCAUUUGAACCUUCAAAAAGACGUUGAUUUUAUAGAUAUUGAAUUUUUAAAUCAACGAAUUAUUACAGAUGCGAUGGAGGUACUUGAGUCAUUCUAUAAGGAAGUAUUCAAAAGAUGCCAAUGGAUUUCAAGUCGGCAUUGUAGGUGCUGGCCCUGCAGGGUUUUAUUGUGCACAACAGCUACUAAAAAAAAUUCCUGGCUGUCAGAUUGAUAUAUAUGAAAGAUUGCCAGUUCCAUUUGGACUUGUGCGUUAUGGUGUAGCUCCUGAUCAUCCAGAAGUAAAAAAUGUUAUAAACACAUUUACUAAAACUGCAUCAAAUGAAAAUAUACGAUUUAUAGGAAAUGUUUCACUUGGCUGUCAUAUUACAUUAGCCCAACUUAAACAUUCAUAUAAUGCCGUAGUAUUAGCUUAUGGAGCAGACGAAGACAGAAAAUUAAAUAUUGCUGGUGAAAAUGUAUCCAAUGUUGUAUCAGCUACAAAAUUUAUAGGAUGGUAUAAUGGUUUGCCAGCAGAUAAAAAUAUUAAAGUAGAUUUGGAUGUUGAACAUGCUGUUAUUGUAGGACAAGGAAAUGUUGCUUUGGAUGUUGCUAGAAUAUUAUUAUCACCUGUUGAUGAACUUAGAAAAACGGACAUCACCGAAUAUAGUUUAGAGGCUUUGACACAAAGUAAAGUAAAAAAAGUCACUCUUGUGGGUCGAAGAGGUCCAUUACAAGUAGCAUUUACAAUUAAAGAAUUAAGAGAAAUGUUAAAAUUACCUGGAGUGAGCACACAUUUUUUUGAAAACCAAAUGAAUGAUAUAGAUAAAGUCAUUAAUGAUUUACCAAGACCUCGUAAACGGUUAAUGCAACUUAUGUAUGAUGCAUCACAAAAAACAGAAGUUCGAAACAAAUUGUUUGAUAUAUUGUUCCUGAGAACACCUAUCUCAAUAUUAGGUACAUCAAAAAUAGAAGGAAUUGAACUGGCUGUAAACCAUUUAGAAGGAGAAAGAGCAGUGGUUACAGAUGAAAAGUAUACAUUAAAAUGUGAAUUGGCUUUUCGCAGUAUUGGAUAUCGGAGUGUUCAAGCAGAUCCCGACAUACCUUUUGAUAAAAUGUCUUCAACAGUACCUCAAAGUACAGGUGUUUAUAGUGUUGGUUGGUUAUCUUCGGGACCCGUGGGAGUAAUAUUGUCGACUAUGAGUAAUGCUUUUCAAGCAGCUACGUUAAUCGGUCAACAUUUUGAUAAAGGCUUGCUUGGUGAGCGAAAGCCAGGGUAUGAUUACAUUUCGAAAAUAUUAGAAGAUAAAGGCAUAAUUACUGUCGAUUGGAAUGGGUGGAUGAAAAUUGACAAAGUUGAAGUGGAAAGAGGAAUAAAACAUGGUAAACCUAGAGAAAAAAUUGUAGAUAUUGACGAAAUGUUACAAAUUGGAGGAAUACUAAAAUAACACUUUAAAUCAUAAUCAAAAUCUAAUUUAUUGUAGAAAUGUUUAGAUAAAUAAAUAUUAUAAAUGCUUCAAAAUAGAAGUUUGAAAUGUUAAAUAAGUUAUAAGUAUAAUAUAUUUAGGAAAAAUAAAUUACAUUUUAGUUGAGUCAAUUUUUUUUACCAAUUUUACUGUGUAUUAAUUUUUAUUUUAUUUUAAAUGUUAAUAUAGAAAUUUAUUUUUAAUGAUUGUUAAUUUAAAAAGCUCUAAGUAUUUUGAAUUUUCUUAUGUUAAUAUAAAACAAGAUAACACAUUAUGUUUAUUAUUUUAUAACAUUAUUAAUUAUUAUUACUAUAUUAUAUUUAAUUUCAAAGAGGAGUGGAAUUAUUUUUCAAUGAUAUGUGUUUUUUUGUAGUUAAAAUGUUUAGAUUUUUAACUUUGGGGCUGGUUCUGGUAGCAAUUUGGCUUUAAUUGCUACUCUGAGAAGUAAAAAGUAAUACAUUUCCUGUAUUUUAAAAAUAAUCGUGUAAAUAAAAUAAAAUUAAUGAAAAUCUGUAAAUUUUUACAAAAAAACCAAUUUUUGACAAAAUUUAAUUUUGGGUUAUAGUGGGUCAUACAAUUUCAAAAUACAUUGAUAAUUUUUAUUUUUAUCUAUAUUUAAAUAUGUUGUUAGUUUAGAUCGUCUGAUUUAAAUUUUCUAUGUUGUAGAACAGUAGGUGUUGACCCUGAGCUAAAACCUCAUAUUUUUAACUUAACCAAAACAUACAAAAAAUAAUUAAAUCUGCCCUAUUAUUAUUUAAUAAGUUGAGUAAUAUGCAUAUUCAAAUUUGACGUGAUUAAAAUUGUAAGUUCAUAAAGAUAACAUAUUUAAAUUCAUAAUUUAUAUAAAUAUAAUAAUAUUGACCAAUUGAAUUUGAUAAUACUAUAGCAUUAAGGUGGUGUAUACUAUAGUAGUUAUAAAUCCAAUCAUUGCUUGUGAUUAAUGUAUUUUUGGACUUCUAAGCUGAGUGAUGAAUGUAUUGAUUUUACAAUGAAAAAAAUUUUGUAAACUACAAAAAAAAUGUAUGAGCAUCUGAAAUUAAAAUAAAGUUAAAAAUUAGAAAU